AAAUCGCCUCCCCUUGAUCUUAAAGUUAGAGGAUUUCACUUUGUCGUCGUCGCCCUCUCAACCCACGAACAACCACCUACGACCUCGUACGUGACAUCAUCAAAAAUCAGUCAAAAUGGCCCGCCGUCCUGCGAGAUGCUACCGGUACUGCAAGAACAAGCCGUACCCUAAGUCGCGCUUCAACCGUGGUGUCCCCGACCCCAAGAUUCGCAUCUUCGAUCUUGGCCGCAAGCGCGCUACCGUCGAUGACUUCCCUCUCUGCAUCCACAUGGUCUCCAACGAGUAUGAGCAGCUGAGCUCUGAGGCCCUUGAGGCCGCCCGUAUUUGCGCCAACAAGUACCUCGUCAAGACCGCCGGUAAGGAGGGUUUCCACCUCCGUGUCCGUGUCCACCCUUACCACGUCGUCCGUAUCAACAAGAUGUUGUCUUGCGCUGGUGCCGAUAGACUUCAGACUGGUAUGCGUGGUGCCUGGGGUAAGCCCAACGGCACUGUCGCCCGUGUCAACAUCGGCCAGAUCAUCAUGUCUGUCCGUACUCGUGACUCUAACAAGGCUUUUGCCCUUGAGGCCCUCCGCCGCUCCCAGUACAAGUUCCCCGGUCGCCAAAAGAUCAUCAUCUCCAAGAACUGGGGUUUCACUCCUCUCCGCCGCGAGGAGUACCUCGAGAAGAAGGCUGCUGGCAAGCUCCUCAUCGAUGGUGCCUACGUCCAGUUCCUCGGCAACCGUGGCUCUCUCGAGCGCAACAUGAAGCGUUUCCCCGACGCUUUCGCCACCGAGGCUUAAACGUCGUUGGUCGCUGGGACAAAGAGUUGUUUCUGGGUUUAGGGUGGCGUCAACGGUCUUUUUUAGGGCUGAAAUGAGGACAUGUUAGUAGCAUCAUGGUCUUGUUGGCACAGUCAAUACACCAUUCAUCCAGAUGGGUUUUAGAUGAUACCUAAUACCGCAGUUUCCUUCCUACGCCCUUUCCCCAGUAUUCUUUGUCGGUGACUAGUGACGGGCAUUCGUUUGGUGUUGAUGGGGGCUGCUAUGGGAUUGGCUCGUUUGUGAGACCAAGGGGCGAUCGCAGGCGUUGAUUUCAAAGCAGCGACCCGGCUAUUGGAACACGACAAGCGGUUGGUUCGGAAGCAUCGGUCAGCACAUCAGCCACGGCUCUUAUGGCGCUAUUCCAUAGGAGUACAGGCUUAUGCUAGCAAUCCGUAGCGGUCCCAUACACAUCGAACUCUAGACCACGUAAACAAAAUUGCGCAUUCCAGGCG